ACGGCGGCGCGGGGUGCCGGGAGCCAUGGGCUAUUGCAGCGGCCGGUGCACGCUGGUGGCCGUGUGCGGCGCGCAGCUGGUUUCUGUGCUCGAGAGGCAGAUAUUUGACUUCCUUGGUUAUCAGUGGGCACCCAUCCUCGCAAAUUUUAUACACAUUAUUAUAGUCAUACUUGGCUUAUUUGGAACCAUCCAGUAUAGACCUCGUUACAUAACAGGAUAUGCUGUCUGGCUGGUCCUUUGGGUUACAUGGAACGUGUUUGUUAUCUGCUUCUAUUUGGAGGCUGGAGACCUUUCAAAGGAAACAGAUCUCAUUCUGACCUUUAACAUCUCAAUGCACCGUUCCUGGUGGAUGGAGAAUGGGCCGGGCUGCACCGUGACCUCAGUAACCCCAGCACCAGACUGGGCACCAGAGGAUCAUCGUUAUAUCACUGUCUCGGGGUGUUUCCUUGAAUAUCAGUACAUAGAAGUGGCUCACAGUUCUCUUCAGAUCUUCCUUGCACUGGCAGGCUUCAUCUAUGCCUGUUAUGUUGUGAAGUGUAUUACUGAAGAAGAGGACAGCUUUGAUUUCAUAGGUGGAUUUGACUCUUACGGCUAUCAAGGCCCACAGAAGACAUCUCAUUUACAGCUACAGCCCAUGUAUAUUGCCAACAGUGUGCUCUAUGCUGUACAAGCCAAGAAGCCUAGACAGUCCCUUCAAAACGAAUACGCUUUUUGAACAGAAUGGGACAGAACCGAUGCUCAUGUACCUCCUUGCAGUGUGGCCACAGCUGAUGUGCUCAAAAGCAGCUUCCUGGCAUUUUGUGCCGGACAUGCCAGUGCUCAUUUCCAGACCAUGGGAGAAGGAUACAAUAAGAUGGCGGAAAUCAAUUGUCAAGACAAAAUUCUCCUCUUGGGAGGUGACGGAGGAAGGUCAAAGUAAAUACGGGCACUACUCAAGGUGGGCUGGAGGACCUGUUCAAAAAUCUCUUUCAGGAUGGCCACCUGGUUCUUCAAAGAGAAAAGAAAUCCAAUUUUUGUUCUAAAAAUAAUGUAUAGAAGCUGAUUGAACAGUGAGACAGAAAACAACAGAGACCUUCAGCCUCUCUUUCUAACAGGUACUAAAGGAGAUGCCCCAGACUCCCUCCUUGAACCUCCUGCCUCUCAGCACCAGAGGGACACAGCAGAGGCAUUGGUGCCACCUUUUGUCCCUUUCUUUCCCUGGCCACUGCCAGCAUGGCCCAUCUGGAUUAAGACAUGAACCCAGCCCAGUCAGUGCUGUGGGAGCCUCCUUCACACUGCGGGCCACGUUGAGUCUCCUCAGUCAACACAACACUGAAAUACCAGGAUGACCUUGCAGCAGAAGUCAAUAGACAGCGCAUUGUUUGCCCUGAAGGCUGUACAGUUCAUACUUGCCUUAACCCAACUGCAUUGCACAUUAGAGAAACUACGUGCAAGCUUUCUGAAGUUAACAUGCUGCUGUUAAUUCUGAACGAUUUCUAAGUCAGUGGUUUUCUUCUGUUUGGUUUUGCUUUGUUUUCAUGUCAGGGAAUAAGGCUCUGUUGCUCCAUGGCUCCAGAGCAACCAAGUAGAAAACUGCCAGCUGUCUGAUAAGUGCUUUACUUUUGGGGCUCCACAGUGGUCAAGAAGCAGUUUAUAAUGAUUAAAAAGAAAAAUAAAUAAAGAAAUAAAUGAGACCUUUUGAGGGUCAGGGUGGGGAAAUGGGUAACAGAAACUAAUAAUUGAACCUACUGGACAUAAGCAGCAGAAACAGUGCUUCUUAAUCCCGCUGGUUUUAUUUAUCGCACUGUAGGUGCUUUUAUAGCUAUCUCUAAACAUCUUUUACUAACUACAGAGACAUCUGCAGAUUUCUAUGAACAAAGGCCAACUGAAUAUGUACUAGCUAUGUUUACUCUUUUAUAUCUGAUUUCAACUAAAAAUUCUCUGUAAGUGAGCUUUUUUUUCUAAUUGCACCAUAAGGGAUCCACAUAUUUUAUUUCUCGAUUUUGGUUGGAGAGGGCAGGGAGGGACUAGUUGAGUUGAAGAAAUACUGAAGACCUUUCUGUGGUAUAUUUGGGGGAUCUGUUGUGUGUUAGAACGUGUAUUUUAUCUUCCUGUAUUAUUGUGGCUGAAAAAAACCCUCUGUGCUGUUACGUAGUUGGCAACAAGAUGCCUUUGGGAAUUUUGCUAGUAGGUCAAUGUGUAUAUGAAAUACUCUGAACUCCUAGGAACAUAUGUUUUAUUCUACAUCUGAUCUGUAUUUUCAAGAACGUAGAUGGCUUUCACUAGGAAAACCCAAUAUUUUGCUCAGGUUUUUCAGAAACUUGGAUUGUCAUUGUUUCUUUGCUCAGACCUUGCAUAGACAAACGCACGCACCUACCACACCUGAGGUGACCACGUAGCUUUUGAGGGCAAGAGGGAAGGUCAGCGCUUGGAAAUGCCCAAGGCACCCCCGGGCACUUCCCUUUUCCCUGCUGGCCAAACCCUUGCUCCAGAGGCCUGUGUGCUCACACCACUCACCCAUCCCUGUACAAGCCAGUGCCCUUUGCUGUGUCUGCAUGGAUGUACAGUGUCACAAGCAGCAACUCUGGACAAUGAUAGAGGAACAGGCAUUCACCUGUGAAAACAAGAUUCAGGACAUGGUCAGGAACUAUAUCUACAUUGAUUCAGUGAGAUUUAUAUAGAUAUAGAUAGAUAUAUAUAUAUGUAAGUGUGUGAAGGUGUGUGUAUGUCUAUGUAUAUAAAAUACACAGGACUAACUAUUUUUGGGGGCUGCAUCACCCAGGAAGAUUCUGAUGCUGUGGACCAAGGGUUCCCGUCUCAGAUACUGCUGGGAAUUUCAUGCAUGAAAUGUCCCCUAGGCCUGAUCCUGUAAAGCAUUCAUUGCUGAUUUGGAUCACAAAUUUAAAUUUUCAUACUUGAGUACCUGAAAAUAUGAGAUCCUACUGGGUAGAGAUGCUUUUCACCCCCUGGAAACCCCAUGCAACUUCCAAGUGACAGGCUGAAAUUUGCCACAACUUGCAAAACUAAAAAAGUUUCUACUUUUAUGUAGUAUUAAAUAUAGCAGAUGUAUAGUAUUAAACACAAUGAAGAGGUUUAAAUGGGAUGAAAAUAUCGUAACAGGUUAUUUUAUCUUUCCCUGUAUACCAGUUAAUCAAAAUGAUAUUUCUAUAAAAAUCAUUUUUUAACAUUAAAAGAAACCAGUUUAGGCACCUAAGCAGCAAUCCAAUUUUCAGAAGAUAAUUUUUCAUACCUUUCAGUGAUUUCCCAUGGAACAGCGGCUACUGGUAGUUAGCAAUUUUAGAAGUCAGACAAUUUAAUGAAGUGUCUACACGUAGCUUAUAGGCCUGAUUUUAAAUUAGAAAAUUUUGGCCUUAAUUUCUCUGUGUCUUAGUCUUCCCAUCCAUAAUACGGGAAUAAUAUGUGCCUCACAGGUUUUUUGUGAGGUCUGAAUUGUUAAUGUUUGUAAAAUGCUUAGGAAAUAGGAAGCACAUCUAACUACUAUGGAUUGCAAUAUAAAUGUGUAUUCAUAUAUUACAUAUAGAGUAGAUACACACACUCACAUACACACAGUAUAUAUAUAUAUACACACAUACAUACCUAUAUGAAGUUGGUAUUCAUAAUCCUGCUUAAGUUGCAGUUAGAGCACCACCAUUAAAAAAAAUAGGACUGUUGACUACUCAACUAAAUGAUUAGUGGACAGAUCUCUUCUGGAAGCAGUUUAGAGCACAGUAAUGUGAGAAUAUCUGGAUGGCAUUUUUGAUUUGUACAGCUGUAUCCUCCUCAAAAUCCAGUAAAGAAUGUUAUUUUUCUAGGCUGGGCUUUUGUUAUAAACUAAAAUAUUCAGAAGGCAAGAGAUACAAUCCAAAUGUGUCUUUUUUUCUUUUCUUUUUGACAUUUGUUAAUUCUGAAUGUAUUUUUAACAAAAGUGAUUUUUUUGACUUACUAGUGUAAUUUGCAUUUAAAAAAAAAAAUAAAUGGAAAAAAUAUAGGUUUCCAAGCUA